AUGCAACGUCAAAGGAGUAUCUUUGAUACCUUCCCUGAAACCGUUGAUCUUAACCAGGGUCCUAAUCAUGGUAUGAACGAGUCUGAUGAACACAACAUCAGGUUAUCCCCCACUGAAAGACGCCUCUUAAGUAAUGAUCUUUCUGGUGAACUAAAUUUCAAUUGUGAAAACACAAAUGAUCACCAUAACUCCCGAAGUUUCAGUAGCUGGGAUGUAGGCGAAUCAAGCUCUAGACCCAAUGAACAAGAUUCAAGAUUUAAAGAACGACAAUUGGAUCCAUUCCAUUCCACUCCUAAUCACAUUCCCAUGGAUGUAAAUCUGAAUCUUGAAUAUGGAGGUAAUAGUAAUAGUAGUGGAAAUGAUGGUGGACAGGGUUUCAGAUUCAUGAAUCUUUACAAACCGAGUACUCCUGAAAUGGAGUCUGAUGAACAUGAACAUGAACAUGGCCAUGAACAUGAACAUGACCAUGAACAUGAACAUGAACCAGAUUGUUCUUUUGGGAAUUGGGGUCUCUCUUGUAAAAGAAAAGCAUUAGAAGGUACUUCUUCCAGCAGUGCAAGUCAACCUUCACCAGUGGUCAACUCUCCAAGUGCCUUUACUCCUCCAAUUGCAACCGAGAGCUCACGAAGAUACAAUGGAAUCAGAGAUUCCGGUUCCGGACCUUUUAACAUAUCUUCAACCGGAACCCCUGGAAACUCAUUGCCUUUUAGACGACUUCCACAUAGUGAAUAUCUUGGUCAACCAUCUAGAGGACCAAUUUUGACUCCUCCCAAUUCUAGUCAACCCUUAAAUGUUCAACCACCUUUAGUUCAAGUUCCAGGAAUGCCAAGAAACCUGAUUCCCUUUUCAAGAAAUGGAAAUUCAUCAAGAAACAAUGAUCAGAAUUCUUACUUUGGUCCUUCAAAUGAGACAAGAAAUAUGGUGCAAGAUCCUACGAAUUGGAGCUUAGCAACUGGGAGAUCAAGCAACAAUGGAGGUAAUAAUUACAGAAAUGACCCUGUUUGGAUACCUCAUCAUGCAAGCUCUUCUGGGACACAUGGUCAGCAAAGGUUGACCGAGCUUCCUCCUUGGACUCUUUUCCCGUCUUCUGAGGUCGAGUCUGUGGGCCAUAGAGGUCAUUUUCCCAUUUUGCCCUCGGGAUCUUCUUCUUCCUCAGAGGAGAAUGUGCUACCUACCCGGGGGCGUCAUCGUCAACAUUUUUUAAGGUCGGGACCUUUGAUUGAGGUGCCUGGUGAUGAGUGGCAGGCUUUUGCUUCUGAUAUUGAGGGAAGACAUAGGCUUGUUUCUGAGAUGCGCCAGAUUUUGAAUGCAUUGCGAAGAGGUGAAAGCUUACGAGCUGAGGAUUACAUGCUCUUUGAUCCAUUUAUAAACGGGGUUUCUGAGCUACAUGACAGGCACAGAGAUAUGAGGCUAGAUGUUGAUAACAUGUCUUAUGAGGAACUUUUGGCACUUGAAGAACGUAUAGGAGAUGUGAAAACUGGGUUGAGUGAGGAAGUUAUCAUGAAAUCAAUGAAACAAAGAAAACACAUAUCUUUCAUGGCUAUAUCAACCCAAAAUUUGGAGCCUUGUUGCAUAUGUCGGGAAGAAUAUAUAAAUGGAGAUAAUAUUGGGAGUUUGGAAUGUGGACAUGAUUUCCACACAAGUUGCAUUAAGCAGUGGCUUUCACAGAAAAAUCUAUGCCCUAUUUGCAAGAUGACUGGCCUUUCUACUUGAUAUAUAUAAUAUAUUUUAAUUU